AAGGCUCUCUGACGUAACUCGUGAAAGUAGAUGUCUUAAUAGAGCUCGACGUGUUUGUAGUAAGUGUCUAACAAGCCGCGGCAAGCAAGAUGUCAAGAAUUCUAUAUGUAUUACUGGGCCUAGCAGGGGUCAUGUCGAUACCUGUGGAUGAACCAAUUCGAAUCGACUUGCCAGUUUACGACCAACCGCGAUCAGCUUCAAAUGUUCCAUUAACACAACCUUUAGAACCAGAGAAUCACCCUGUUUCCAAUACAAACAAUGACAAAUCAUCUGCUGGAAAUCUUUUAACAAAAGGACCGGUGUUCAACAUAUUGGGUAACAAAAUUAGCCCAGAAUAUCCAGUCGUUGGAUCUGUAAAUGACGCCGGAUUUUUUUCACCUCCUGUUACAAAACUGGAAAGCGCCUUGUUAGAAACUGAAGGUUAUGGUAGCAAAACAUUGUCGAUUAAAGAAAAUGCACAGAAUAUUGUAGCCGGCUUUCUUCAGCCUAAGCCCAUAGUGGAUACGAUCAGGGAAGAAGACAAGUAUGGAAACGAUGGAGAUAAAUUUCGUAACGCUGGUCGAGCUAUUGUUGGAGGUGCUGAAGGAAUUUCGAAUUUUUUCAAUUCCAUUCUGGAGGUUCCUAGUAAAAUAAUAAGAAGCAUCACACGCGCUGCUUCAGAGAAGUUAAACAAUCUUGGUGGUAAAUUGAUAGGUUUAUAGAAUAAGUUUUAAAGUAAAAUGUAUAUAAAUUA